AUGAAAAAAAAUGUAGAAGACCAAAUUUGUGCAGAAUUAUUUGCAUUAGAAUCUAAUAAUAAUGAAAGUAAUACUAAAAGAACACAAGCUACUGUAGAAGAAGAUUUUGAUUCUUUAAAGAAUAAGUUAACAAGAUAUUUAAGAAAACAAGUUGCUCCUAAAAACCAAGACCCUUUAAUAUAG